AAAAUAAAACAGUCAUUAAAGAAAAUGUGGAGAGACCUGCGUUAGGUUAACGCGUUGUAAGAAAACACGAAACCCCUCGAAACCCUUCCCCAUAUAAACCCUUGUUUCGUUGUGAGCACUCACAGAACGCAAAACCGCCAUUGUCUCCAAACCGCAGCACCAUUCCAUGGCUUUGCCCAAUCAGCAAACCGUGGAUUACCCCAGUUUCAAACUCGUCAUCGUCGGAGAUGGUGGCACGGGAAAGACAACCUUCGUGAAAAGGCAUCUCACCGGUGAAUUUGAGAAGAAAUAUGAACCAACUAUUGGUGUGGAAGUUCACCCGUUGGACUUUUUCACAAACUGUGGGAAGAUUCGUUUCUACUGCUGGGAUACUGCUGGACAGGAGAAAUUUGGUGGCCUCAGAGAUGGAUAUUAUAUCCACGGGCAAUGUGCAAUAAUCAUGUUUGAUGUUACUGCCCGGUUAACAUACAAAAAUGUCCCUACAUGGCACCGUGAUCUCUGUCGGGUCUGUGAAAACAUCCCAAUUGUUCUUUGCGGUAACAAGGUUGAUGUUAAGAACAGGCAAGUGAAGGCAAAGCAGGUGACUUUCCACAGGAAGAAGAAUUUGCAGUACUAUGAAAUAUCUGCUAAGAGCAACUAUAAUUUUGAGAAGCCUUUCCUGUACCUUGCCAGGAAACUUGCAGGUGAUCCUAACUUGCACUUUGUAGAAUCUCCUGCAUUGGCUCCACCAGAAGUUCAAAUUGAUUUGGCUGCACAACAACAGCAUGAGGCUGAGCUUGCUGCAGCUGCUAAUCAACCUCUUCCUGACGAUGAUGAUGAUGCAUUUGAGUAGGGCUUGUGCAUCUGUGGACCAUCUUUUCCUGAGUUUCUUACUCGUAUUUGUGUAUGCUACUAAUAUGUUUUUGGGGUUGUAUUAAUGACAUUUUUGGACGUGGAUUUGAGGAUUUAAAUUCAAUCUCUAUGAGAUGUUUUGCUUAAACAUGAAAAUCUCAUUAGUCAGUCAUUUCGUCAUCGUUAUGGGCAUUCAUGUUUGUUUCGCGUGGCGAUCUCAACAAGAGACAGUGCAUGUGUGGAAAUUUAUGAGGACUUUUUAUUUUUGCCCGUAGCGCUUAAGUAUUUUAUUUUUAUCUUAGUUCUAAAGCUUUUAUAUGUUAAUUUAUUGUUCAUUCCAUUGGUGUAAUCGUGUACGUGGCUUCUGUUAUUGGACCUUGUGUUCAAGAUACUGUUGCUCCCGUUAGCGCUUGCUGUAGCUAAUGAUCAACACUUUCGAUUAUAUUUAAAUGUAUUGUUUAAUUUUUCAAUAAUUUUAUUCAUUGUGUGAUUUGUUUUGAGAAGGCAAUCACCCAUUAUUUAUGUAAGUAGAAAUAGUUAAUCUUUUAAUUAUUAUUAUAGUAGAUAUUUUUUG